GUUAGUAGCUUCUAACAAGUGAGAUCAUCAUAGAAGGUUCACAGAGUUUCCACUUGGAAGAGGCAUGGCAUACGUCUUUUAUUUCGUAAGGAUGUAACAUUUAAAGAAAUUAACAGUGAAAGAACCAACCUUGAUAAAGGUCCAGCCAUUGUUGUAACUCUCUUGAUCGUUGAGACAGUUGCAACAAUUGUUAAUCCAUCCACGGUUGGAUUUGGUGUACACGAUUAAAAUAAUUAAAGAUUGAGAAAGGUUUCGCACAAUCUUGGGGUGUCUUAGAUUAGGGAGAAACCAGAGCAGAAUUUAUGGCCAGUACAGCGUGUUUUAUGAUUGUUGGGCGCAACGACAUUCCUCUAUACGAAGCUGAAGUGGGCACAGCUCUCAGGAAAGAGGAAGCUGCACAUCAACACCAAUUUAUCUUACAUGCAGCUUUGGACAUUGUUCAAGAUUUCCAAUGGACAACGAGUGCUAUGUUUUUAAAGGGUGUUGACAGAUUCAGUGAUCUGGUAGUAUCUGUAUAUGUAACUGCAGUUACACAUACCAGGUUGAUGUUACUGCAUGAUUCACGCAAUGAGGAUGGAAUCAAAAACUUUUUCCAGGAGGUUCAUGAGCUAUACAUAAAGAUUCUUUUGAAUCCUUUGUAUUUACCAGGCUCGCGAAUAACAUCAGCUUACUUUGACACUAAAGUUCGUGCUCUUGCCAGGAAGUAUCUAUAGUUUCUCUUAUGAUCUAGGUUGAUCAAAUAUACUCCGGAUGUUCAUAGUUUUCUAUGAUAUUUAUAUUUCUUAUAUUUUUUUUGAAGUCAAUUCCUCCCUCUAGAAAUUGGAGAAUUUUUUAAAAUAUUAGGGUGCUUCUCAUCUUUACACCGAUAGUGUUAGCCUAUCAUGAAGUUCACUGUCAUGUUCUAUCGAUUACCAACAGGUACAUUUAAUUUAGAUACAUCCCUCACAGGUUACUGUGCCUGGGAUAUAUUCAUCUUUGAUGGUUGAUCAGAGGGGUGAAUUUGUUUAAAUCAAUUUAGCAGUAAUAACAAAGUUUAAAGUUGGUAUAACAAUUAUUCUUUCACGUCUCUUGGGUUACAAAUUUGACCGAAUUUCUCAACGAUGUCAAUGUCCAAAUGAUCUUAUUCCCAAGCAGUUAAUCUAUAAGAGAAGGGAUGUGCCCUUUGAUCAUUUUAUUCA